AUGUCAAUCAACUGCUUUCCUGAAGAAAUCGUAGCAGAUAUCUUGGUGAGGUUGCCCUUCAAGUCUGUAAUCAAAGUUAGAAGAGUGUGCAAGACGUGGAACUCUGUGAUCAAAAGUUGCACCUUCAUUGACACCUAUCUCAGGCGGUCCUUAUCGAUACAAUCCGAACACGAAAACAAUAGCGAUGGUCGACAUCAUCUUCUUCUACGAAAGAAGAAUGGAUGGUAUGGUAAUAGUUACUACUCGUAUUAUGGGAACAUCCUUAGUUCUCCAUCUGGUUACGCCGAGCUUAUCAAACCAGCAAUUCCAGACGUAAUAAAACGUUGUUUUAGUCACUUGUCAAUGGUCGGAACUUGUAACGGGAUUAUAUGCCUUGCUCAUGACGGACUGUUGCAGGACGAAGAUGCCCCCACAAUCAUUUGGAACCCUUCAGUCAGAAAGUAUGUGAUUUUGCCUAGCCCUAAUAUUAAGAAGAACAACUUUAAGGAUACACAAACCUAUUUCUUUGGCUAUGAUUCACUGAUCAAUGACUACAAGGUCUUGAGGAUUGUUACUGUGAGGAAUUCUUUGUUGGGGGUUGAGGUUUACUCCUUGGCUAAUGGAUGUUGGACAAGUCUUAGUGCUGCUGCAACUGCUGUUUUUCCUGCUUAUUUGUGCUCAGGGUUCUUGAGGAAGUCGAAAGAUGCAUUUUUUAAGGGUGCUAUGCAUUGGGUUCUACCCCGUGACAGAAAUUCCAAAGAACAUCUCAUUGUGUCGUUUGAUUUCGGCACUGAACUCUUCCACGAGAUCGUGAUGCCCGAAGGUUUUAGAAAAACAGGUUGCCCAUGUUACAUUUUAAGAUAUGGAGAGUCUCUUGCCUUGGUUCAGAUUGACAACGGAGGAGAACAUUUUGUGUAUGGGCUUCAUUUGUGGGUCAUGAAAGAAUAUGGUGCGGUGAAAUCGUGGACGAAACUAGAUAACAAUAAUGUACUCUUCAAGGGGUAUCGUCCCACUAGCCCUCUUGGUUUCAAUAGCUGUGAUGAACUAGUGAUGAAAAUAUUGGUGGAUGGCGAUAGGCGGGCAAUAGUGGUGGAUUUCAAGACCGGAAAUAAAAAUGCUGCAACUGCUCUAGAUGGCUACUCAUCAAUGAAUCCUUUUGUAGAGAGUCUCAUCUUACUUAGCCAGCCCAAUGCUGUUUCCUACUAA